AUGCCGUCCUGGAACCGCAUGUUCCGCAAGUCGGUCUCGUCCGCCUCCUCCUCCGGCGCCGGCGGCGGGGACCACCAGAGCGCCGCGAGCAACCCCACCACCGCGGCGUCCUCCUCCCCGCCCUCGGACGCCGGCCUCCCCAAGUCACCCGCCGUCGCCUCCGCCGCCGGGCCCAGCCUAUCCAAGACGUCCUCUUGGCGGUUCGGCUGGGGCGGCGGCGGCGGCGGCGGCGGUAGCAGCAAUAAUAGCAAUAAUGCCGGCCAUAGUACUCACGGCGCCGAGGAGCAGGACGUGCCGGAGCUCAAGGCGAUGAAGAAGAAGAAGAGGAAGAAAACCCGGCGGCGCGGCUCGGCGCCGGCGGUGCAGCACCCGAGCGAGCGGGAGCUGACGGAGCAGAACCUGCGGCACCAGGAGCUGCUGGGCGCCUUCACGAUGAGCUUCGGGCGCAGCGGCAGGAAGCACAGCGGCGGGGCGCGGACGAGCGGCAGCGGGGUCAGCCCCGGGUGCUCGAGGAGCGCGAGCGUCGACUCCGGGUACGCGCAGGGGGGGCAUCACCACCACCCUGCUGGGCCUGUUGGGCCAACCGGGCAGAGGUUGAGCGUGGCUGGGGCGCCGCACAUGGACGAUGUGAAGGAGUGA